AUGGCGGAGCUCGCGCAGUCCGGCACAUCGCGAAGCUCCCGUGGUCCAGCACAUCGCGGAGAUCGCGCGUUUGAGAAGAGAGUGAGAGAAGCGGAGGAAGAGAAAAGGGAGGAGUUAGAGAAGAGGGUGAGAGAAGAGGAGAAGGAGCAAAGGAAGGACUUAGAGAAGAGAGUGAGAGAAGAGGAGGAAGAGAAAAGGAAGACGUUUGAGAAGAGAGUGAGAGAAGCGGAGGAAGAGAAAAGGGAGGAGUUAGAGAAGAGGGUGAGAGAAGAGGAGAAAGAGAAGAGGGAGGAGUUAGAGAAGAGAGUGAGAGAAGAGGAGAAAGAGAAGAGGGAGGAGUUAGAGAAGAGGGUGAGAGAAGAGGAGAAAGAGAAGAGGGAGGAGUUAGAGAAGAGGGUGAGAGAAGAGGAGGAAGAGAAGAGGGAGGAGUUAGAGAAGAGAGUGAGAGAGGAGGAGGAAGAGAAGAGGGAGGAGUUAGAGAAGAGGGUGAGAGAAGAGGAGAAAGAGAAGAGGGAGGAGUUAGAGAAGAGGGUGAGAGAAGAGGAGGAAGAGAAGAGGGAGGAGUUAGAGAAGAGAGUGAGAGAGGAGGAGGAAGAGAAGAGGGAGGAGUUAGAGGAGAGGGUGAGAGAAGAGGAGAAAGAGAAGAGGGAGGAGUUAGAGAAGAGGGUGAGAGAAGAGGAGGAAGAGAAGAGGGAGGAGUUAGAGAAGAGAGUGAGAGAGGAGGAGGAAGAGAAGAGGGAGGAGUUAGAGGAGAGGGUGAGAGAAGAGGAGAAAGAGAAGAGGGAGGAGUUAGAGAAGAGGGUGAGAGAAGAGGAGGAAGAGAAGAGGGAGGAGUUAGAGAAGAGAGUGAGAGAGGAGGAGGAAGAGAAGAGGGAGGAGUUAGAGAACAGAGUGAGAGAGGAGGAGGAAGAGAAGAGGGAGGAGCUAGAGAAGAGAGUGAGAGAGGAGGAGGAAGAGAAGAGGGAAAAGGUACAGAGAAAGUCAGUUCAUGGUGAGAUUAGAAGCAAGAAGCAAUUGCAGAAAAGUGUUAAAGAAGAUGAGGAAAAAAUGUGGGAGGAACUUAAGAAGACUAUUGAAGAAAUGGAGGAAAAGGUGGGGAAGGAAUUAGAGAAGCGGUGGAAAGAAGAGGGAGAUGGAGGAAUUGGGGGAAUAGACGAAUUUUUGAAGAACAUUUUAAAGAACUUGAUAUCAAACCCAAUUGGGUCUAUCAGUUCAAUAAUAACGCCAGUAUCUUCACUACUGGGUACAGUGAUUUCAUGUGUAAGUAAGAAAAAGGAGGAGAAGAAUCAAAAAGAGAAAGAGAUGAACCAGGAAAAGAUGAACCUGAGAGAGGAAAGGAUGAACCUGAGAGAGGAGAAGUUGAACCUGAGGGAGGAAAGGUGGAACCUGAGGGAGGAAAAGUUGAACCUGAGAGAGGAGAAGAUGAAACAGAAAGAGGAGAAGAUGAAGCAAACAGAGGAAAAUAUGGACCAAACAGAGAUAGAGCUGAUUCAGAGAGAGGCAGAGAUGAUCACGAUAGAGGUACAGAUGAAACAAAGGGAGGAAAUGAGGAAUCAGAGAGAGGAAGAGAUUAAUCAGAGAGAGGAAGAGAUUAAUCAGAGAGGGGAAGUGAUUAAUCAGAGAGAGGAAGAGAUUAAUCAAAAAGAGGGAGCGAUGGACCAAAGAAACAUGGAGAUGAUCCAGAGAGAAGAAGAGAUGAACCAAAGAGAGAUGGAGAUGAUCCAGAGAGAGGUAGAGAUGAUCCCAAAAGAGGUACAGAUGAACCUAAGAGCAGUAGAAAUGAACCAGAGAGAGGUAAAGUUGACAGAAAGGGAAAACAAGAUGAAGAGUAGAGAGGAAGAAAUGGGGAGAGUAAAGGAAAAGUUAAUCAUAAAGGAAAAUCAGAUGAAAGAACAACGGGAAAUUAUGAGUAAGUUUUAUAAAAAAACGUUAUUUAAGCAUUACCCUCACCAAUUACAAGAAGCAAUUGAGGAAAAUCAAAUAUCUGCAAAAACACACACAGGGCAAGAUCAAAGAAGAACUGAUCCAGAACAGAAAAAAAGUAAGAAAAUUGGGAAAUGUGUAAUUUCAUGAUCUAGCUUCUCGGUCAGUUUGUAAUGAACAAUUAAGUGAUCCCCACUAUGAGUGUGUGA